AUGGCAAUGACACUGGGGAAAGACGUCUCCGCGUUAUUCCCUGACGUGCUCAAGAACAUCGCAACAUCAGACCUUGACCAGAAGAAGUUGGUGUAUCUAUAUCUGAUGAAUUAUGCGAAGUCACACCCUGACUUGUGCAUUCUUGCUGUCAACACUUUCGUCCAAGAUUCCGAAGACCCUAACCCCUUAGUCAGAGCCCUGGCGAUUCGAACCAUGGGGUGCAUCAGAGUGGACAAGAUGAUCGAUUACAUGGAGGAACCAUUGCGAAAGACACUACGGGACGAAUCCCCAUACGUUCGGAAGACGGCUGCAAUCUGCGUGGCGAAACUUUUCGACCUCAAUCCGGCCAUGUGUCUUGAGAAUGGCUUCCUGGAGACAUUGCAAGAGUUGAUCGGUGAUCCCAACCCUAUGGUGGUAGCCAAUUCAGUUCAGGCCCUGGCUGAGAUCACCGAGUCCGCUCCCGAAACCAAAGCCUUGCAGAUCAAUCCAACCACAUUGAAGAAGCUGCUCAUGGCGCUCAAUGAAUGUACGGAAUGGGGUCGGGUCACCAUCCUCAACACUCUUGCGGACUAUAAGGCUCAAGACAUCAAAGAAGCCGAACACAUCUGUGAAAGAGUCGCUCCUCAGUUUCAACAUGUCAACUCGAGUGUCGUGAUUGGUGCCAUCAAGGCAGUUUUCAUGCACAUGAGAUAUCUUCCGUCGGAAAGCCAGAAGUCAUAUGUGAAAAAGAUGGCACCGCCCCUGGUCACUCUCGUGUCCUCGGCUCCUGAGGUGCAGUACGUGGCUCUGCGAAAUAUCGACCUCCUGCUACAAAAACAACCAGACAUCCUCAGCAAAGAAAUUCGAGUCUUCUUCUGCAAAUACAACGACCCUCCCUACAUCAAAUUUCAAAAGCUCGAUAUCAUGGUCCGCAUCGCCAACGAACACAACGUCGAUCAACUGCUUGCCGAACUCAAAGAAUACGCCCUGGAAGUGGACAUGGACUUCGUACGACGGGCGGUUAAGGCGAUUGGACAGGUGGCGGUCAAGAUCGAGAGUGCUAGCGAGAGAUGUGUCAAUGCUCUCCUGGAUCUCAUCAACACCAAGGUCAACUACGUGGUGCAGGAAGUCAUUGUGGUGAUCAAAGAUAUCUUCCGCAAAUAUCCCGGCUAUGAAGGCAUCAUUCCGACGCUGUGCAAAUGCGUGGAUGAAUUGGACGAUCCUCAUGCGAGGGCGUCGCUUAUCUGGAUUGUGGGCGAGUAUGCCGAGAAGAUCAGCAAUGCUGGUGAUAUCCUUGGUGGAUUUGUGGAUGGCUUUGCGGAAGAAUUUACCCAGACCCAGCUUCAGAUUCUCACAGCAGUUGUCAAGCUCUUCUUGAAGCGGCCCCAGGCUGCACAAGGACUUGUGCAGAAGGUUCUCAACGCCGCCACCGCCGAUUCCGACAAUCCGGAUAUUCGUGACCGAGCCUACAUCUACUGGCGGCUCCUGUCCAACACGAGCGACCCCAACGCCCCCAAAAACAUUGUUCUCUCUGAAAAGCCGCCAAUUAGCAGCACGAUACAGUCUCUGCCACCCGCACUGCUAGAUAGAUUACUGGCGGAGCUCUCGACACUGGCAUCAGUCUACCACAAACCUCCUGAGCAAUUUAUUGGACAAGGUCGCUUCGGCGCCGACGCAGUCCAGCGGGCUGCCAUCGAAGAACAAAUGCAAAACGCGAAAGAAAACCCUCUGGCAGCCGCGGCCGCUGCUGCUGCGGUACAGGGCAAGGCUCCGGGAACACAGAACAACAUGGAGAAUCUACUAGAUAUUGAUUUCGAUGGGGCUGCCCCUGCUUCAGCCUCCGAAAAUCCUACGAAUGGUCUCUCGGGCCUGGAGGGUCUUGCAGGGACCCCUCAACGGGUCGAAUCGCCCUCAGUCGGUCAACCUGCCGCUCACACCAAUAUGGAUGAUUUGCUUGGUGUCUUCGCUAAUGGGGGAUCGUCCUCCACGACCAGUGGUGCACCAGGGUUCGCAGGCAUGUCGGAUAGCGAUAUCAUGAAUGGCUUUGCCUCGAUGGACCUGUCGUCGUCCCAACCGCCCCCUCCACAACAGCAACUGAACAAUGCGAGCGGCAAAAAGACCAACGAGGAUCUAUUGUCCCUUUUCUAG